UGGUCAGAUGACGAGAUAAGAGUGCACGGCUAUAAAGAAGCAUCAGAAUAGCAGCAGGACGCUCCUUUCUGCACAGUUGCCCUCACACAGUCACCAUGACGUUCAACGGCACCUGGAAGGUUGAUCGCAGUGAGAACUACGAGAAGUUCAUGGAGCAAAUGGGAGUUAAUAUGGUGAAGAGGAAGCUCGCUGCUCAUGACAACUUGAAGAUCACCAUUGAACAGAAUGGAGAGAAUUUUCAUGUGAAGGAGAGCAGCAAUUUCCGCAGCAUAGAGAUCAACUUUACCCUGGGGGUCAACUUCGAGUACAGCCUGGCAGAUGGAACUGAGCUAUCAGGUGCAUGGAACAUGGAGGGGGACACACUGAAGGGGGUUUUCACCAGAAAAGACAAUGGAAAACAAUUGACAACAGUCAGAAUCAUCCAAGGAGAUGAACUCGUUCAGAGUUACAGCUAUGAAGGUGUGGACGCCAAGAGGAUUUUUAAGAGGGGUUAGGUCCAUCAGCUCCAGGAAAUGAAACUAAUUUGUGUUUGAUUUUAAAAUUACGUAUAGUAUUUUGUUGAACUGUCAAAUUCUCUAACAGUCAAAAGAUCCAGGUUUACAAAGCACUUUUAUACCUGUAUUAAUACAAUUAAAACUGCCUAUUUUCUGAUUUUUUUCAA